AUGAUCCAAGACGGCUUCCACGGUGUCACACGCCUCAUCAUCGCACAUCGCCUCGAAACCAUCCUAGACUCGGACCGCAUCCUCGUGCUGGACGCCGGCCACGUCGUCGAGUUUGACGCCCCCCCGACGCUGCUAGCCAAUCCAGACAGCGCGUUUGCCCACCUCGCGAGCAAAGCCCACGUGCAAUUGUAG